CCUACUUUCUGAAAACGGUCCAUACAUGAGUUGACGCGGAAUACAUUUGACCAAAACCGUGUUGUAUGUCUAAUGACCACAUAAGGCCUAAGCAGAGUUCACAUGAUGUAUUGGCUAUGCGUUCAGCUAACCUGGAAAAUGGCCGGCCAACUCUUGUUUAGAUUUCUCAACCCAGCUACUCUAAUUAUUACUCCUCAUUAUUGGUGGGCAGUUUUUAACUUCAGACUGGCAACACUUGUAAAGGGACCUAGUCUUGUAAAUAAUCCAUACUCUUGGAAUAAGCUCGGAAAUGUGCUUUACUUGGAGUCUCCAGCCGGUGUAGGAUUCUCCUAUUCUCUUGAUGGUAAUGUUACCACUGAUGAUGAUGAGACGGCAUUAAAUAAUCACCAUGCCCUACUUCAUUUCUUAGACAAGUUUCCAGAAUAUGAAGGUCGUAAACUGUAUGUCACUGGUGAGAGUUAUGGUGGUGUUUAUGUGCCUACACUGGCAUUACUGCUCAAAGAUUCACCAAGAUUUAAACUAAGGGGUAUUGCAGUCGGUAAUGGAUUGACAAGUUACAAAUUAAAUGAUAACUCCUUUUUAUAUUAUAUCAGAUAUCAUGGUUUCAUUGGUGGAAGUUCAUGGAAUGAUCUACUCGCUAAAUGUUGUGCUGAUCAAUGCUCAACGUGGUGGUGUGCAUUCACUGAUAACAAAACUAGAGAAUGUCAACGUAUUAUCAGUCAAUUAGCUGAAGGACCCUUAAAGGGUAUAAAUAGAUACAAUAUAUACUCGAAAUGUGCUGGAGGUGUGGAUAGGCUGUUUCAGCAAAGUAUGCCUAGUAGGAGGUCUGUUGGCGAAAACUCCUCUACUCGACAACCCUCUAAUCCAUACAUCCGUCAUGACUUCGGCGAUAUGUUUCGUGAUAAUCAUUAUAUGAAAUUUCUACGGGAUUUAAAGUCUGCACUACGUCGUAAUUUGACGACACGUUUAACUGUAGCAUGUGUAGACGAUACACUGAUACGUAGUUAUUUAAAUUCACCUGUUGUUCGUCGACUUAUCAAUGUAAAACCAGAUGUGCCAAAGGAAUGGGAUAUAUGCAGUGAUGAAGUCAAUGGGAAAUACAUCCGCACUUAUGAUGACCUAUCUGAACAGUAUAUGAAACUACUUCAAUCCAGAAUCUCUACACUGAUAUACAACGGUGAUAUUGAUGUGGCUUUUAAUUAUCUCGGUGGUGAGAUGUUUGUAGAUAAUUUGAAAUUAAAGCCUACUUUAUCACGUCGAUUUUGGUUAUAUACGGAGAGUGAUGGUACGAAACAGAUUGGAGGAUACUGGAAAAUGUUUGAAAGUCAUGGCUCAAUUUUGACGUAUGCUACAGUUCGUGGAGCAGGACAUAAAGUGCCAGCAGAUAAACCUGCUGCAGCUUUCCAACUAAUCAAUACAUUCAUUAAUGAGGGUUCAUCAGUUGAACGAAAAUCGAAGAAAAUACACUUAAUCUCAUUGCUAUGUGUAAUUUCUUUUUUUAUUUCAUCUCUAUAA